AUGCAGGUUGACCCGAGUGCUGCGAAAGCACAACUGCAAAACUAUGCGCAAUACGUAGAUAAACUCUUCGAUCAAGAUUCAUACCACCUGUACCUCACUAUCAACAUGCUCGUAUACGAAAUCGACUAUUUCAAGGUCAAGGAAAGCGAUGGUGGCCUCAUAUGGCGAUAUGACGCAGCCCUCACUCUUGCGGCGCUGCUUGAAGGAGCCCUAGAAAAGUACGGGUAUAGAGAAGCAUGGGAUCGGAACAUUCUCGGGGCACUCAAUGCCGCAGAUGUACAGUUGAGUCGCAUCAUCAUCAACAUACAUGACAUUUUUGGGAACGAGUUCAAUUUAAAAUCAGCUCAGAUCCAACUCGUAGACGGCGAUUGUGAACUUGCAGCUGUUCACGGCUUCGAUGAAUACUACCCGAAGAGUAGAAGCUCAUUGGAAAGGUUUAUUGGGUUCUUCGGACAUGUCUUUUAA